AUGAGUUUUGGCGCGCUUGGGAGGAUGCUGGCCAAGUGUACGCAGUUGCUGGGAGGCGAGAGUUGGGUGGCCGACGAGAUAGUGUAUACUCUUGGGCGGCUCCAACAUCGGGGGUGGUUGAAAUGCAAUAUAGAUGCCUCUCACUCUGUUGUGGAUGAAUCGAUUGGUUUUGCGGCGGUUGUUCGAGAUUUGUAUGGGCAUGUGAUUCGAGGCUUCAUUGGGUGGAUGGAAGGUUUGGUUAAGCCUUUGCUGGCCGAGGCAAUAGCUAUUUGGGAGUCCCUCUCUUGGCUUAAGACAUUAUACAUGGAUAGGGUAGUUGUUGAAUCAGAUUGUUUGAGGAUUAUUGAAGCACUACCCAUCUCUCACAAUAUUGACAGUGAGUUUGGUAGGAUACUGCACGGUUGCUCACAGUUACGAUCAUCAUUUGGAUUUUUGUCCUUUUGUUGGACUUAUCGAGAUGCCAAUAAGGUGACUCACACUUUAGCUAGAGUGGCCCUUUUACAUGCAAAACAUCCAAUUAAUGUUCAGUCUAUCAUAUCUUCUGAUUUUACUUCACUUGUGCAUCAUGAAACUGAGGGACUUAGGACAGGGUAUAUGGGAUAA